GCAGCAAGAUCCCCCCUUAUAUAAGGUUGGGGCUGCAGGCCUGGCUUUUGGGUCAGUACCGCUUGGAGGAUACAGCCUGCCCCUCAGCACAGCCCAGCCAGCCCGCCAGGCCCGCCGCACUGCCACCAUGCCUUUCGGCAACACUCACAACAAGUUCAAGCUGAACUACAAGCCGGAGGAGGAGUUUCCAGACUUGAGCAAGCACAAUAACCACAUGGCCAAGGUGCUGACCCCCGACCUCUACAAGAAGCUGAGGGACAAGGAGACACCUUCUGGGUUCACCCUGGAUGACAUCAUCCAGACCGGAGUGGACAACCCAGGUCACCCUUUCAUCAUGACUGUGGGCUGUGUGGCUGGUGACGAGGAGUGCUAUGUCGUUUUCAAAGACCUCUUCGACCCCAUCAUCCAGGACCGCCACGGGGGCUACAAGCCCACCGACAAGCACAAGACCGACCUCAACCACGAGAACCUCAAGGGUGGUGACGACCUGGACCCCAACUACGUGCUCAGCAGCCGCGUGCGCACGGGCCGCAGCAUCAAGGGCUACACCCUGCCCCCGCACUGCUCCCGGGGCGAGCGCAGGGCGGUGGAGAAGCUCUCCGUGGAAGCCCUCAACAGCCUGACAGGCGAGUUCAAGGGGAAGUACUAUCCAUUGAAGAGCAUGACUGAGCAGGAGCAACAACAACUCAUUGACGACCACUUCCUGUUCGACAAGCCGGUGUCCCCGCUGCUGCUGGCCUCAGGCAUGGCCCGAGACUGGCCUGAUGCCCGGGGCAUCUGGCACAACGACAACAAGAGCUUCCUGGUGUGGGUGAACGAGGAGGAUCACCUCCGGGUCAUCUCCAUGGAGAAGGGGGGCAACAUGAAGGAGGUGUUCCGCCGCUUCUGCGUGGGGCUGCAGAAGAUUGAGGAGAUCUUCAAGAAGGCCGGCCACCCCUUCAUGUGGAACGAGCACCUGGGCUACGUGCUCACCUGCCCGUCCAACUUGGGCACCGGGCUGCGUGGAGGCGUGCACGUGAAGCUGGCGAACCUCAGCAAGCACCCCAAAUUCGAGGAGAUCCUCACCCGCCUGCGCCUGCAGAAGCGGGGCACAGGUGGCGUGGACACCGCCGCCGUGGGCUCAGUGUUCGACGUGUCCAACGCUGAUCGGCUGGGUUCGUCUGAGGUGGAGCAGGUGCAGCUGGUGGUGGAUGGCGUGAAGCUCAUGGUGGAGAUGGAGAAGAAGCUGGAGAAGGGCGGCUCCAUCGAUGACAUGAUCCCCGCCCAGAAGUAGGCGCCCCGCGCGCCAGCCACCGAAUGCUGGCUGGGGACCCAGCGAAUGGGCGGACCCAACGUAUAUCGGAGCCCCGCCCCUUCACCAACUAGCCCCGCCCCUCCGCCGGGAGCCCUGCCCACAAUCACUCUGCCAACUGGAACCUCGGAUUUCUAACCCCAACCAGAGUUUUAACCCAUGAGCUCCAACCUCUCUCUGGGCUCCGGCCAAUGAAAAACCUCUCUCUUUCCCAGAGCUCCGCCCACCACCAGCAGCCGGGUUUAAAGGGAGAGCGGGGAGCUCCCAUGGGCUUUUUCUUUCGCCCCAAGUAAUAAAAGCAAUGGUGGCCUUA